GAUGAGCGUAGAAAUCCUCGACGGUGCCACAAUAGUGAGCUUCGUGGAAGACGAAGAAGCAUUUGACAUAUCAGUGGGUGAUCUGUUUGGCCAACUUGAUACGGACAAGGACGGUCUUCUAUCUUAUGGCGAGAUGCUGAACGAGUUGAAGAGGCUUAGGGUUUUUGAGACUCACUUUGGGAUCGACGUGAAGACUGAAGAAGACGAAGCUGCUCGAGUUUAUGACUCACUGUUCGUGCAGUUCGAUCAUGACUUGAAUGGAAGAGUCGAUCUGAGAGAGUUCAAAGAGGAGACGAAGAAGAUGAUGAUUGCUAUGGCUAAUGGCAUUGGCUUUGUUCCUCUUCAGAUGGCUCUUGAAGCUGAUAGUCUCCUGUUGAAGGCUGUUCAGAGAGAAUCCAUGGCUCCCCUUGCUGCUUAAUUAAUUGAUCUCGAUCCUCUAUUUACUAUUGCAUCGUUAUAUUUAUGUUUUUGGAUCAGUUUUGGAAGUUCUUUAAUUGAGUUUUGGAUCUCUUUCAAUUUUAUC